AUGGCUUUGCAGCCAUUCUUGAAGAAGAAGAAGCCGCUGAGAUUUCAAGUGUUGGGUCCGAAUCCCAAAGCUUUAGAGCAGAUGGACUUGGACAUGUUCUUUCUCGAUGGAAAGGAAUUUGUGAGAUUGCUGAAAAUGUUCGCUGCAACAGGGGCAAGGUAUUUCAACAAAGGGUUCUUGGAUUCGUCUGGUAUCAAAAGCAAUUCUUCCUUUGAGUCGGCAUGUGACCAUGACGGCCAUGGAACUCACACGCUCUCGACUGCAGGGGGACACUUUGUCCCUGGAGCUAGCGUUUUAGGUGUAGGCAACGAGACUGCGAAAGGAGGCUCUCCAUUGUCUAGAGUAGCCUCUUACAAUGUCUACUGGCCUCCAGUGAAUGGAAACACAUGCUUUGGUUUUGAUGCCUUGGCUGCCUUUGAUAUGGCCAUUCAUGAUGGUGUUGAUGUCCUCUCCAUCUCUCUUGGUGGUUCUCCUGCCGAUUAUUUCAGCGACGGCCUUGCCAUUGACUCCUUCUAUGAUGUUAAACAUGGCAUUAUUGUGGUAUGUUCUGCUGGAAACUUUGGCCUUGAUCCUGCUUCUGUCUCGAACGUUGCCCCUUGGAUACUCAUAGUCGCAGCAAGCACGCUUGAUCGUGAGUUCCAAUCAUUUGGGCAGCUUGCAAAUGGUGAACGCUUCAAGAGAUUAAGCAUGUCGAAACCAUUGAUGCCAGUAGGGAAAACGUACAGCCUCCUAACCGGUGCUCAAGCUAAGCUUGACAAUGCAUCAGCUGCAGAUGUGAUGCUUUGCAAAGAAGGCACACUAGAUUCGAACAAGGCAAAGGGGAAGAUGAUGGUGUGCCUUAGAGGUAAUACAUCGAGAGUGGACAAAGGGACACAAGCAGCUCUAGCUGGUUCUGUUGCAAUGGUUCUGUGUAAUGAUAAGGCAUCCGGGAAUGACAUCACCGUGGAUCCUCAUUUUCUUCCUGCUACACAUAUCAAGAUCAACGAACAAGCUCCCUUCUCUUACCCUGAUGUGACUGCUCCUGGAGUUGACAUCAUAGCCGCCUACACAAGAGAACAAAGUCUAAGUGGUUUGAAAUCUGAUCUUUGCACGACUGCUUUCAUUACAGAAUCUGGCACUUCCAUGUCAUACCCUCAUGUUGCUGGUGUUGUUGGUCUUCUCAAGACAAUGCACCCUUCAUGGAGUCUAGCUGCAAUCAGAUAUGCCAUCAUGACCACCGCAAGAACACGAGACAACAAAGUAAGUCCAAUGCUCAACAGAUCAUACGUGAAGGCAAAUGCAUUCAAUUACGGAUCGGGACAUAUCAGACCAAACUGUGCAGGAGAAUCAGGAUUAGUCUAUGACUUGACAGUGCACGACUACUUGGACUUCCUUUGUGCUGCUGGCUACAACGAAACAAUGAUCAAGCUCUUCUCGGAGAGUCCUUUGCACAAAUGCUCCAAGAAAGCAAGUGUGCUAGACUUGAACUAUCCAUCCAUCACUUUGCCUGAUCUCUCUGGUUCCGUGAUUGUGACCCGGAAGCUGAAGCACGUAGGAUCCGCAGGCACUUAUAGAGCAAGAGUUCGGGAGCCAUAUGGAGUGUCGGUGAGAGUUGAGCCAAGUGUGUUGGAGUUUGAGAGCGUUGGUCAAGUUAAAAGUUUUAAGAUAACAUUGAAACCCAAAUGGACUACAAAAGGUUACAUUUUUGGAGGUCUCACAUGGAGUGAUGGCAUUCAUUUUGUUAGAAGUCCUAUUGUUGUCUCUACGCUGUUCAAAAAGGUGGCGCGUUAUCCGCUUAGUCGGUUGAAAAGUCGGUUUUGCUGUGGGACCGUGGCAGUCUCAGGAAAUCGCUCUCAAAUUUUGGUUCCUGAAAUUAUUAUGCCCAUUUGUGAAGCCUAUUCAGUUUAA